CUGUCACUGCCUCAGUCACUCACAUACCUUGACUUUGGAGAUUCAUUCGAUCGACCGAUACUGCCAGGCAUGCUACCAUCAUCGAUCACAUCGUUGAGGUUUGGCAAAGGAUUCAAUCAGAUGAUAGCGCCAGACACUUUGCCCAGCUCACUCAAUUCUCUCUCGCUUGGAAGAUCAUUCAGCCAAACGAUCACUCCAGGAGCACUGCCAACAUCUCUGGAAAGUCUUACAAUUACUCAAGGAGCCAUAUUAGAUUCAAGAUCACUCCCGCCAUCACUAAUCACAUUGAUCGUACUAGAGUAUUUUUACAAUGAUCGGUUCUCACAACAUAUCUUACUGCCUCAUACAUUACAGACUUUGGUUCUUCCAUUCUUUUUUGACUUUCCACUGAUUGAUGGCGUUAGUGGGAUGGCGAUACUACCUCAAUCAAUAAGGAAGUUGAAAUUUGGAGUUGGAUUCAAUCAACAAUUGCCCGUAGGGUCAUUGCCAAGUUCUCUCACAGAGCUGAACCUGGGAGGAUACAAUCAUCCAGUCACAUUGACCGAUUGCCUCGCAUCAUCAUCAUCAUCACAAAUCACAUCAUUGACAUUUGGUGAUUCAUUCAAUCAAGGGAUCAUGCCUGGCGCACUACCCCAAUCACUCACAUUGUUGAGUCUGGGAAUUCAGUUCAAUCAAGAGAUCGCACAAGGAGUGUUGCCAGAGUCACUCGGGACAUUGAUCACCAAGUCCAAAUAUCUGGUCAAAGUGGCAGGCUGGUCGUAUCCAAAAUCAUUAACGUCAAUGCUCAUCGGUUUUGAAUACACAAUUGAGCGUGAAAGCAUACCAUCAUCGCUCACAUCACUGGAAUGUAUCGAUACCAACAUGGACUUAAGUGGCAACCUACCUCAACUUGGCUCACUGGUCGAGCUGAAGUUUGCCCCCGAUUACAAAUGCAUCUUUGAAGGUAAUGAUUCUGCCUUUUCGAGCAUCAGAUGUCUGGAGCUUGGCAAGCGUCUCGCCAAAUACGGUAGGUAUGCAAGUGUUCCAGAGAUGCUCACUCAUCUUACUUUGAGUGGGUGGAAGGACUUUGGCUUCUUGCAUAAAACGUUGGAGGGUACUCAGCCACGUCGUAUUAACCUAUUGAUCAAGGAGAUGUUGAACAUUGGUGUUGGGGCCAACGUGCCUCCGUCAUCAAUCAGUCUCAAGUCAUUCACAUUGUGGGGCACGAUACACAGUGGACGACGUGGUGGUCGUCGCAUACCCAACCGUGAGGCACAGUUUGUCCAAACAUUAGUUGCCAAUGUACCCAAUGUUGAACUAUACCGCAUUGGAUUCCAAUAUGAUCAAGAGUAUGGCUUUCAGAAAACAGUACACGUUCGGAUGAUUGAUGAACAACAUGCAGCGUGUAUCAUUCGGGUCCAUGUCCAAAGGGACCAAUACAAUGACUAUGAUCCAUUGUAC